AAAUCACACUAAUUUAAGUUUGAUAAAACACCUAAUCAAUUGAUUAGUAUUGUGAGGUAGACUCUCCCUUACUCUAAUGUUAAUUAGCGAUUCCCCCAUCACAUCAAAGCAUCGUUUAUAACUCCGAUAGAACCUCUUCUCUUCUCACAAUCCACACAAAAACGACACGCUCUUCAUCCUCUUCUCUCAAAUUUCUCACACUUUCAAUUCACAAAUACGAAAUCAAAAUCAAAGAAUGGGUUUGCAAAACCAACUAAACGACGUGUCGUCGGAUUCAAUUCCACUUCUUGUGUUGAUGCACAUCGCCACCUGCGUCAACUACAUCCGCACGAUGCUCCUCGCUCUCUUCCAAUCCAUCGGCCUCUCACGUCUCCGAACCGAUCAGAUCGUCGACGACCACUUCUUAGCCGCCGUCGGAUCAGGUCUCGCCGGAAUCAUCCUCCUCUCCGAUCAACUAUCUCUCAACAACCAACACUUCUACACAUACGAAGACGCUGCUUCCGCAGACAACCACCGCUGCGUGUUUUGCCAAUCAACCUUCGAAAACGGCGACCACGUCCGCAAACUCCCCUGCCGCCACGUCUUCCACCGCCACUGUCUCAACGGUUGGUUUCAUCGAUACAACUUCAAUUGUCCGUUGUGCCGGUCAUCGCUUAUCUCCGACGAGCGCGUGGCCCUCACCGAACGCCGUGUCGGUCGCCAACUCAUCUCGUGGUUUACCCUUCGCUGAUGCGUCGUCGUUUCGUCUCUCUCAGUCACACUCACUCUCCAUUUUCGUCAAAUCCCAAUUUUACCCCUUCAUUUUUUUUACAUAGUCGCGGUUUUUCAGUAAUAGGAUAAAUUUUUCAUUUUAUCUUUUUAUUUUUAAUUACAGUAUUGAGUUUUUUUUAUAUAUAAUUGUGGUGGUACUAUUUUUGGAAGGGGUGUCUCUGCUGUUUGAGAAACCCUUUUUUUUGAGAUGAUGUAAAUUUUGGACUCCUUUGUGUUCAUGAUUAAUAAUGGAGACAAUACCAAUUUUAUGCAAA